GUUGGUUGGACCCGACAGAAACGAGGAGAGGAGAGCAGAGGAGAGGAGAGGAGAGGAGCGGAGCGGGGCAUACUGACGCGACGCGGCAACUUGAGACUAUUACGCCAAGAUCUCCCGUCUAAGUUACAGGAAAACAGUCCUCGGAGAAUCAUCAUGGAAGGGGACUGAGAUUUGCAAGCGAUGUUCACGGUCAACUGGAGCGGCGGAUGUCAUGCAAGAAGUAUGGUGGCCACUGGAUAGAUCGCCGAUCGUAGGAUGUUCAACUCCCUUCUAGAAACGGAAUGAGCAUCACCGCAGGAAGGCUGGAAUAAAACAAAACAAAGGAGGAGAGAGAGAAAGACCCCGAGAGAUAGACGGACAUAGUGCGGGCAAGAAGGAUUGACCGAUACCUGCCCUGCGGCUCAGUGAAGGGCAUAGAUUGAAAGCGUGACAGGUAGGGCAUGAAAACGGGCCAAGCUGCAGAAAGAAUGACGACAGCUGGAAAGCAAGUCCUGCCUCACAGCGAAUCUUGCUCCAAUUAGGACACCUCGCUACGAGACAAGAUGAUGACGAGAAAUCUGCUCCUACUGGUUUCCGUCUGCCUGUGGGACGGGCUGUUGGGAUGGGCCUCGGCCAGCAAGGUUCUGCGGAUCAGAGGAGUUGCCGGCUCGCAUAUGAUGAAAAUUGAGGAGAACAGAGCUUCAGAUCAUUGGGAAGGAAGCAUGGAUGCAAAUGGAAUGCCUGUGGUGACUCGUAGGAAUUUGAUCAAUCAUCCACAGCCGGGUGACACCGGAGCGCUUUCUCACGCCAAAGCGCCGCCCAAUCGCGGCGCUCCGUCUGCUGUCGUCAAGGAGAGGCUAACUCUCAAACCCAAGCAUGAGGUCCAAUCUGUCAACAAGAAGGAUUUGAGUCAGGAUUUGAAGAAAACCAAGAACAAUACCAAGAACGUUGAGACCAAAUUAGGACAAUUGCAUCGUAAACUUGACUUGCAUUCGAAUAAAACUCGCAGUAGAUCAGGUUCAAAGGGCAAAAGCAGAGCCGAUCUGAGUGUUUCUUCAACAGGUGUGCCCGUAAAGGGAGUCAACGUUGAAGCGAACCGAAAAGUCAACCUCAGUGGAAGUUACGAGGUUUUGAAAGUGCUGUCAAAAGAGAACCUUGUGAGGAUAGUCAAUUCCCAAAUGCAGAAUCUUCCCAUUCUGACCUUUCCUCCAAGCAAGGGGAGCCGGAGCAGGAAAAGAGAUUUGAUUGACGUUAAUCACAGACAGUUUGAGGCGUUGAAAAUGUCAAGACAAGAUACAGCCAUCACUCAGUCACAUGCUGGGUUUGAUAAUCAGACCGCCUUUCCCAAUCUGAAUCUGCUCAGCGCUCCAGAUCUUAAUCGGGACCAGAGUUCUGACACUCGUCAUAAUCCCAAAGUCAGUUCCCCAGGUUUAAAUAAAGGCCAAGACAUUUUGGAGCUACAAGUUUCAGAUGGUGGCGAUAGCGGGAAAAAACAUGCUCUAUUAACGGCAAGGCUUGUUGAAAAAGUCAAUCCCGUCUUGGACAAAGAUGUAGCCAUCAGCCAAACGGAAUCCCCUCUUCAAUUGAGGAAAUAUUUUCCCUGGGAAAGAAAUAGCUCCACUCCAUCUGUGCUGACAACGCAACCCCAGGGACUACGACCUGGGAACGCAACGGCAGAUUCCCACAGAGACUUAUUAACAGAGUCAGUUCAUGCUGCUCAAACAGAGCUCAGCUCAGCUCACUACUCAAUAGAUGAAGACAGAAAAGUUGUCAACAGCAGCCACGUCCUCAGGCUUCACCCAGCUCCGGAAUGGAGCCGCUCAGCUAAAGGUGCCCGGGAGCAGGUACCCGAUCCAGACGACAGCGGCCUCGUGUUUGAAGAAGCGGAGUCUGGGGACGAGGCUGCCGAGCCUUCAGAAGAAAACAGGUCACGCUCUCGCAGCAGGAGAAGUUGGAUUUGGAAUCAGUUCUUUGUGAUUGAAGAAUACGCUGGACCUGAACCUGUGCUCAUUGGCCGGCUCCACACUGACAUGGACCGGAACGACGGCCGCACUAAGUAUGUCCUACGCGGCGAGGGGGCCGGCUCUGUCUUUGUGAUCGAUGAGAAGACAGGUAACAUCCACGUCACCAAGCCACUGGACCGCGAGGAGAAGGAUGAGUACCGUCUCAUUGCCACGGCUACCGACAGACAGACGGACCGUGCCCUCGAGCCCUCGUCGCAAUUCAUAAUUCGGGUGCAGGACAUCAACGACAACCCGCCUGUCUUUGACGAAGGGCCCUACAGCGCCACUGUGCCUGAGAUGGCAAAUAUAGGCACUUCCAUAAUCCAGGUGACAGCGACAGAUGCUGAUGACCCGACUUAUGGGAACAGUGCCAGACUAGUGUACACACUGGUGCAGGGCCAGCAGUACUUCUCUGUUGAUCCACAGACAGGUAUUCUGCGCACAGCUGUUCCCGACAUGGACAGGGAAACCCAGGACCAGUACCUUGUGGUUCUCCAAGCCAAAGACAUGGGAGGCCACUUGGGAGGAUUAUCCGGUACCACCACCAUCACGGUGACCCUCUCUGAUGUCAACGACAACCCUCCGCGCUUCACCCAGAGUAUGUGGUCCUUCUCUGUCUCGGAGCUAGCCAUCCCAGGUGCUGAAAUAGGACGUAUCUCAGCAAGCGACGCUGACCUUGGCGAAAACGCCAAGUUGGACUAUACAAUCUUGGAGGGGGAGACGGGUGACACGUUCAACAUCACAGGAGUCAACCAAGAGGCCAUCAUCAUACUAAACAAGGCCGUAGACUACGAAAGCCGCAGUUCCUACUCUUUCUCUGUGGAGGUUCUCAAUCCCACCGUGGACCCUCGCUUCUUGCGUCGAGGAUCUAUUAAAGACAGAGCUUCAAUCCGAGUAGCGGUGCUGGAUGCGGACGAACCGCCAAGGUUCUCCAGGUCACGAUACCGCAUGGACGUUUCGGAAAACUGCCCCCCGGCCUGCACUGUGGGCCGGGUCAGUGCUGUCGACCCGGACACCGGUCUGACGAAUAACAUCAGGUUCUCUAUUGAUCCUCAGUCGGAUCCAGAGGCUCUCUUCCGCAUCACCCCAGACUCCGGCCUCAUCACCACAGCCAUGGAACUCGACCGGGAACGUGAGCACUGGCACAACAUAUCUAUCAUUGCCACCCAGAGAGACAACCCCAGCCAGGUGUCCCGGGUUCUGGUUGCAAUCGAGACGUUGGACCUGAAUGACAAUGCUCCGGAGCUGGAUAGACAGUACACGACGGCCAUGUGUGACUCAUCAACCGUUGGAAAGGUGGUGCAGGUGUUGCGGGCGAUUGAUAGAGAUGAAGGCGGCAAUGACAGCACUGUGUAUUUCAGCAUCCCUCCGGAGUCCAGCGCAGCCCUCAACUUCAGUGUCAGGGACAGUGGUGGUACCACAGCAAGUUUGGUCCUGCUGUCUCAGCUGCAGCCACUGUCCCGUUCCCCGUCUUCCACCAUAACACUUUAUGUGCCGCUGGUUCUACGAGAUGGGACAUCAGGUCUCACCAGCACCGGCACUGUCACGGUGUCUGUCUGUCCCUGCCUGAGAGGAGGGGCAAAGACUCGAGAGAGGGAAAAGGACAAACAGGCUGAAGGUGAAUGGGAGUGGGAAAAAGAAACCGUUUGUCUCCCCCAGCACUCCACGUCGCCUUCGCCUGGCCUCAGCACUGCAGCUCUGCUGGCCAUAUUGGCAUGCGUUGCAACGCUACUGGCAGUGAGCGCCCUGUCAUUGUCAUUGAGGCGUCAGAAGCACGACUCGCUGUCACCGCUGGAGGACGACGACGUCCGUGAGAACAUCAUCACGUACGACGACGAGGGCGGCGGCGAGGCGGACACGGCCGCCUUUGAUAUUGCCGCGCUCCAGAGCGCCCCCCACAGUUCACGCUCACGAGGCUAUCGCACACUGGACAGCAGGAACGUACGUUACAGCCAACGUGGGCAGGAUAAAAGCCGCACCUGCAGCUGGGCUCAGAAUCCAGUUGUUGAACACAACUACUCCGGUCCUGGAGGACCCUUUUACGGUCGCCUCUGCUACAGCAGCCACACCUUGCCAGUUCUACGCCGCACACCAGGCGAAACAUUUGAACCAGGUCUGGCGGAGCUGGGAUACCGCUUUCCCGGAGGCCAACCGGACCACUCCUUGGUCAUCCAAAACCAAGGUGCCAUGGUCGGCCCAAUAGAGUCAGGCGCCGUGUACAUAACCCCCACAGAUGUCAGCACAGGAAGCCGAACAGGAAGUCACGCGGGCAGCCGCGAUGGCACUGCAACCCAAAGCGGGGUGAGCACAUCGGAUGAAGGAACACCACGGACUAGUGACAGCCAGGAGAAACGGCGAGGGAUGGGAACAUCCAGCAACUGCACCGAGGACAGCAGUGAAGACAAAGUCAACCACAGUCAUGACAUGGACUGGGUGCAGUCGGAGACGCUACCGAGGGAGCAUAACCUGGUCCUGACACGAUCCGGCUCCAUGAUUGGCCAGGGUCAUGGGGUAGGAGGCUGGGUAUGCGAUUCAGCCACCCUCCCCGCGGCGGGGCGCAAGGCUUCCCGUGCCGGUCUGUCUUCGAAAGGUCCUGAGUUUGAAUGCAACGGAGGAAACGGAAGUGGUCCACCCUCCGCUGACGGACAACAGAAAGCUACCAAUGUUCGCAAUUACGCCAGCGUUUUGCAGGCGGAGGUACGCAGGCAGAAGGAGUCCCCUGGCACUCUGGAGCGAGGAGGACUAGAGAUGGGGAGCAACUUUGUCGUGGCAAGGCCCGAAAGAGAAGCUGGUGGCAUAUCACUGACUGGCAGUCCACCUGUCUACCCAGAAUCAUCUGGUCUGAUUGGAGACUGGCGAGAUCGGGUGACUUUGGGGGGCUAUGUUGUGGCAAGAAUGGAUAUGACCCCGCAGCUAUUGCCCUUCCCCGGUCAGCCUCGAGGAGCUUAUGGGGGAGUGCUGGGCAUUGGCCCUGGUUGGGUUCCAGGUAUUGAGGCGGCCAGAGCAACACCAGGGACCGGAGGUCCCCCUUUGGCUCUGAGAGUGGGUGAAUUCUUACGCCUGCGUCUCGCCCAGGUCACCUUCGACCCUUCGCAACCACCGUAUGACUCCGUGCAGAUCUACGGCCUGGAGGGUAACGGGUCCCGAGCUGGAUCCCUGAGCUCGCUUGAGAGCGAAGGAGAGAAGGAUGCGGAUAAGGAGGACUGGGGUGCCGGAAUGGAGGAGUGGGGGCCCCAGUUCCGCAAGUUAGCUCAACUCUUCCGAGACCGAGAGAAAGAGAGCGAAGAAAAGGAAAAAGUUGAAGACAGUCCCAAGGAGGAGCCAGAUAAAAGAGAGGGGGAAAGGAAGAAGAGAGGGAUCGAUAGGAAGGGGAAGACCGAGGAGUGAUAAAAAAGAGGGGUACAAGGGAGGGCAGAGAAUGAUGAAAAGACUACCACAACUAGACUCAUGUGAAGAGAAGUUAAAGGGGAGAAAGAUGAAGAGGCAAAGUAAUAAAAAGAGACAGAGAAAAAUGAGCCCAGGGAGGGGGAAGAAAGCCAGGCAAGGAGAGCGAGCGAGUGAUUGAUGUAAUUUAAAGCAAUAAGUGUUGUGAAGCGCUGAUAUGGUCCGGCACAGACAAUGCGGAGGAUGCUUCUGCUGGCUGGCUGGCGGGCCGGCGGGCUGGCGGCGCCAACUAUUUCUUCAAAUUUAGGACAAAGAAAAGCAACCCAGAUCAACAAUACACAAUUCAAUCCAGACAAACAGGAGGAAACACGGAUUGUUGUUUAAAUGUGUCUUUAGGUCGGUGACAAAGUAGGAAUAACCUUGUGACCGUCUUCUGAGCAUACCUAUGUGUGAUUCUACAAAAUAACUGGAAGAGGAUGAAAGAAAAAGAUAUACAGUGAUACCUUGACUUCAAACGUUUACGUUCUAUGACCGCGAAUCAACGGAAAGGCCACCAAUAUGAUUUUUUUUCCCCAAUCUUUUCGACAUAAGAAUCAAAAUUUGCCCUCAAAAUUAAAGAAAGUAAAUUUAACAUCCCUAUUGUGGCAGGUGGAUGAAAUAUCAAACAAGUUGGUCUGCCUGGCCACGAGGUGAGAACGGUACUUUUAACAAAGCAGUGCAUACUUUAUUCACUACAAUGUACCUGCAUUGCAUCCUCUUUUUCUAACCGAUUUGUUCCUGGCCUACUAUGUGCGUUUGAAUACAUCAUUAAAUAUAAAGUGGAUAAGGUAACAAGGGAUGAAUAUGUAUAGAGAGGCGCUUGGGGAAUGAGACCACUGGAAAAGAAAAAACACACACAAAAAAAACACGUUAUAUUUAGUUUCCAGUGGCAGAAGGGUCAAGUUUUCAGCUUGCUGCUUGACUCGAAAUGAAAAUGAUGAAUCAUUCACAUACUACGAAAGACUCCUUUCAGCCCUCAAGGAAAACAUUGAGAUGAUUCUCGGAUGUGCUCGCCCCCCCCCUCCCUCCAUCACCACAACUCCCUAACCCUAACCCUAACCCUAACUCUCAUUUCCCAUCUUUGAAUGGAACUCAUUUGCACUCUUUGAUUGUACGAAAGUCAGUUCGAAAAAGCAAACACAUCUACUGUAUGGAGUACCGAUGAUCCCAUUGCUAAUAUCGUCAAUGUUUUAUAAAAAAAAAAAAAACUCUUUUUUAUGUCUAACGAACAGCUCGAUGCGUCUCGAGGACAACGACUGCAUGAUUUGUUUGAUCAAAGAUUUCAAACAAAACACCUUGUCAAAAAAAAAAUCCAACUUUAAAUCUCAUACUGCCCAAAUAAACAUCCUUGUAGUUUCAAAAACACCACGAUGGCUCUUUUUUUAUUUUCUUGUAAAAGGUCAGGAUGCAACUGUGUUUUUUUCAUAUUGUGUCGGAUCAUGAUUCAUGUUCAAGAUCACCGUUGUCUUUAUACGAUGUGGAUUGGAGAAUCGAUACGAUAUUUGACUGUAUGUAAAAACAAUGUAAAUAGUGCUGGAUAUUAUUGAAGAAAGAGACAAUGACAGAUGACAUUUAUCUUCGCUUAUUAUUGGUGUCCAAAUGGAUCACUGUUGGAACUGUAGAUUAGAAUCGACUCAACUGGAUUCAACAGCCGUGUGGUUUUCUUUGUUUGUGCAAUGUGUGGACACGACUGGAUUUUGUUUUGUGGCAACUCUGAGCCGCUCGCUGGUACUUGUGCCCACUGAAGUUUAUUGUGCAAAAUAUUCGUCACUGGAUGCUUCAGCACGGUCUGAUCCCGCUGAGAAACCUUUUUUGAUGAAAAGGCAGUGAAGUGGAUCGCAACUCUAUUAAAAUGCUAAAACAAAAGUCCAGUUUAAAGAGUUUUUCUAAAAGUGCAUAACACUCUGAGAUGGAAUUAAGAAUGGGUUGUUCACAUCUUGAAUGCAGUUGGAUGAUCACCAGGCUAGUCAUAUUGAACCCAAUUGAUUUUGAAAGGAGACACUGAAAUGUAAACGCUCCUUUCUAAUCUAAAUUUGGACAUGAGUGCUUUUCAACGUCAUACAGGACUAAUAUUUAAAUUACAGUCAUUUUAAUCUAUCAAUGGGUAUCCACACUUGCAUAAUGAGUCAUUUAAAUGGAGUGCCGUAUCGAAUAUUUGGAAUGUUGAUUUAAAAAAAAAAAAAAAAAAGCCGUUUUAGGGAGCAAGCACAAGAAUGAUAGCGUGAAAGCCUCGAAAAAUGUCCAAAUAAUCCCAGCAAAUUAGAAAUAUAUAUAUAUACACACAUGUAUGUAUUUACAGCUCAUUUCUUGCCAUGGUGAAAUUGGCUUGUGCAUUGUUCCAGGCCUCAUUCCGCCUACAUGCGGCUUGCCGAGUCAAUGCCGAGCUUGGCAAACGUUGGAUUUCUACUGGCAUGAGCCUGCUUCCUCACCUUCCUCAUGUCCAUAGCAAGUUUGAGUCCAGAGUGUGCACUGAAAAGCAACAUCAUUUCAAUCACUGAGAAGCCAAACGAUCGUGAAUAAUGAUGAUGCUUAUAUCAUUUCUCAUGGAUUCACAAGAAAUAAAUACAGGUUCUAAACAUUCAUCCACGAUUAAUGUCGAUCUCCAUUUAACACAAACAACAAUAAUUGAGGCAAUUAGCUCAACUGAGUAUAGCAGUCAAUGACUUGCUGUUUUACGCAUAAAUCAGACCACCCAUGCUAAUUGGUCUAAUUCCAAAGUCGCCGCUGUCUAAUUGGUCCGAAUCAAAGCAAUGAGCCUCUGGAGGAAUGCAAUAAAAGCACUUGACAGAAGUGAUUAUUUAACCUCGUGAUCAAGAUGAAUUGAUUCCAUCCAAGGUGUGAUUUGAGUUCCACUGAAUGAAAUGAAAGAACACAGUCACUGCAGCUCCCCACAACUCCAUCUUAUUAGAUUGUCUUGAAAACGGAGCAAAGUCAGGAUUCCAUCUUCAUUUGGAAGUUGCUAUUUGAAGGUUUUGAUGUAGAGCCUUUUAAUGCAACCUUAAUAUAGAGAUCCAGUUGUCCCUCCCCCCCCCACCACCGAUUGUCACGAUUCCCACACAAUGUUGAUAGAGUUCUACAAUGGCGUGCUGUAC